AUGAUAUCAUUUGUGGCAUCCACAAUCAGGGGCGCCCAUCACCAUCAACGUGUUAAUCAUGGAGUUCGGUCUCAUUCAACGCCUGGAAAAGUUUUUGAUAUGCUGAAUGGAUUUGGAACAGUAGCAUUUGUUUUUGCAGGGCAUAGUGUGGCCUUGGAGAUUCAAGCCACAAUCCCUUCACCUCCAGAGAAGCCAUCAAAAGUUGCCAUGUGGAAAGAUGUUGUGGUUGCUUACAUCAUCGUGCCAUUUUGCUAUCUUGCUGUUGCAAUCUCUGGCUUAUGGGCUUUUGGCAAUGUUGUAGAAGAUGAUGGACUCAUCUCACUGGAGAAAACUAAUUGGCUCGUUGCAUUGGCCAACAUUAUGGUGUUCUUUCACGUUAUAGGAAGCCGUCAGAUCUUUUGGAUGCCUGUGUUUGAUGUGAUUGAGUCAUAUUUAGUAAGAAAUUUAGGUUUCAAACCCGGCGACCUUUACGCCUCAUUGGUCGUAGUUUUCUUCGCAGGAUUUAUUGCAAUGUGCAUUCCAUUUUUUGGAGGCCUAGUGUACUCUUCGACAUCAUAUUAUGUGAGUCAAUAA